GCCACCUUCAAAGGCUGGAUGGAAAUCAUGUACGCCGCUGUGGAUUCGCGAAAGGCUGAAGAACAACCAUUUUAUGAGGACAACAUCUACAUGUACAUCUAUUUUGUAAUCUUCAUCAUCUUUGGAUCUUUCUUCACAUUAAACCUUUUCAUUGGUGUCAUCAUUGAUAACUUCAAUCAGCAAAAGAAAAAGUUUGGAGGUCAGGAUAUCUUUAUGACUGAAGAACAAAAGAAAUAUUAUAACGCAAUGAAGAAGCUGGGAUCCAAAAAGCCUCAGAAGCCCAUUCCAAGGCCAUUGAAUGCAAUCCAAGGUGGAGUCUAUGACUUUGUCACUCAGCAAGUUUUUGACAUCACCAUCAUGAUUCUCAUCUGCCUCAACAUGGUCACAAUGAUGGUGGAAACAGACGAUCAGAGCAAAGAGAGUGAAACCAUUUUGUACUGGAUCAACUUUAUCUUCAUCAUUUUCUUCACAAGUGAAUGUCUGCUCAAACUCUUUGCACUGAGGCAUUAUUAUUUCACAAUUGGGUGGAAUAUAUUUGACUUUGUGGUUGUGAUCCUUUCCAUUGUUGCUUAUGUUCGACCAACAGUGCACUCGUUGUAUAGUGUAAAGGCUAAAACACUUACACUCGACAUGCAAUAUAGCAUCAAAGAAAGCCAAAAAAGUACAGUGCUCUGCACCCCUAAUCAACAGAAUCUAGUCAAAUACAACAGUUACAAGGAGACA